AUGAUGCGAAGGCUAGUGAUCUCCUGUAUUCGUCGCUCUAGAUCCUCCUUGCAUCUAUCUACAACACCAACAGAAACCUCCGCACUUCACUCUAUCCAAAUCGGUAAAAUCUCCUCCCAAUUCAUCUUCUCGAAGCAUUCAUUCUGUUCCGCGACUUCUCCAAACCCAGAAAUCGAAAUUAGCGGUAGAGAUAAGCUUUCCGAAGAUCAAUCACUCGUUAAUUUCAAUGGAAAUGAUAAUAUCAGAACACAGGGCUCGAAUCACGCCGUUGGAGUCCUCCACGAGAUCAUAACAUCGAAUCCGAACGCGUACGACGACAUGGAGAAAGCCCUAGACGAAUCCGGCGUCGAUUUAACAACUCCGGUGGUUUGCAAGAUCUUACAACGCCUCCAAUUCGAGGAAAAAACAGCGUUCCGAUUCUUCACCUGGGCUUCACACCAAGAACAACACUACUCACACGAGUCCUCCACUUACAACGAGAUGAUCGAUAUAUUGUCAAGCACCAAAUACAAGGUUAAACAGUUUAGGAUUGUGAUCGACAUGCUCGAUUACAUGAAGAGGAACCACAAAUCCUCCGUCCCCACCGAUGUGAUGAUAGAGAUUCUCAGAAAGUACUGCGAGAGGUACUUGACGCAUGUGCAGAAAUUCGCUAAAAGGAAACGGAUUAGAGUGAAGACUCAGCCUGAGAUCAACGCUCUCAACAUGCUUCUCGACGCAAUGUGUAAGUGUGGUUUGGUGAAAGACGCUGAAGCUUUGGUGAAGAAGAUGAGGCACAAAGUUAAACCUGAUGAGAAUACGUACAAUGUGUUGUUCUUUGGGUGUUGUAGAGUCAGAGACCCUAAAAAGGCGAUGAAUUUGCUUGAGGAGAUGAUUCAAGCUGGUCACAAGCCGGAAAAUUUCACUUACUGUGCUGCGAUCGAUGCGUUUUGCCAAGCGGGGAUGGUGGAUGAAGCGGCUGAGCUGUUUGAGUUCAUGGUGACGAGAGGCUCUGCGGUUUCAGCUCCAACGGCGAAGACUUUCGCUUUGAUGAUUGUGGCGCUUGCGAAGAAUGAUAGAGAGGAAGAGUGUUUUGAGCUCGUUGGUCGUAUGAUGAGUACUGGUUGUCUUCCUGAUGUGUCAACGUAUAAGGAAGUGGUUGAAGGUAUGUGUGUGGCUGGGAAAGUUGAGGAAGCGUAUAGGUUCUUGGAUGAGAUGAGUGAUAAAGGUUAUCCUCCUGAUAUAGUGACUUACAAUUGCUUUCUUAGAGUGCUCUGUGAGAACAAGAAGAGCGAUGAAGCGGUUAAGCUUUAUGGGAGGAUGGUGGAGACGCGUUGUGUUCCUAGUGUGCAGACGUAUAACAUGUUGAUAUCUAUGUUUUUCGAGAUGGGGGAUUAUGAUGGAGCGUUUAGUAUGUGGAGAGAGAUGGAUGGGAGAGGUUGUGGUCAGGAUGUUGAGACGUAUUGUGUUAUGAUUAAUGGGCUUUUUGAUUGUCAUAGAGGUGAAGAGGCGUGUUUUCUUCUGGAGGAGGUUGUGAGGAAAGGGAUGAAGCUGCCGUAUAGGGCGUUUGAUGAUUUUUUGGUGCGUUUGUCGGAGGUUGGUGAUAUUAAGGCGAUUCAUAAGGUUUCUGAGCAUAUGAAGAAGUUUUAUAAUCAUAGUAUGGCGAGGCGGUUUGCACUUAAUGAGAAGCGAAAGAGUACAAGCCUCAGAGGAAAGUAG